GACAACUGAUUUUAUCUGCAUCCAUAAAUAUCCUGGAAAAAAACCCUCACAACUUUAUAAUAUUUUUGAAGUCCACAAUAAAUCUCGUACUGACAGGUCAGACAAUGUUGCACUAUGUGCCAAAACCUACAAAUCCAAAGUUCAGGCCGGCUUGUCAACAUCCCUGCGGAGAACGGAGUGUGGGCUGCCUGCCCGCGGCAUUCUGGGAAUAUUCUUGGAAGUGAUCCAACAAGUCCCAGUUCCCAUGAUGAGGCAUGACGGAAUACACAUGAAGAGAGAUAGUCCUAAAAUAAAAUAAUUUAAAGUUUUUGUAGGGAACUUUUGCGUCACUGACAUUUGACAGGACAUUCUGUCCAGCGUUAUAUCUGUUAACUAUUUCACUAAGAUUAGCCAUAUUUUUAUUCAACUAUAUGCUGUCACAUAUUGCAUCACAUUUCACAUAUUUAUUCACAAAAAAAGAUUUAUCUGUUUAAUUUAAUGAAGCUGUCAUAAAAAGCCUGUCAUCAUCAAACCUGAACUAAGACAUCUGAAUUGUGUCUCAUUGCAUUGCAUUGCUAUUUGGUUAUAACAGGAGUGAGGGGAGAACAAGAGGUUAAUUUUGUGACUGAGAGCAGAGACAGUGGACAGUGACACUGAAGCCAAAGGUACUGCAGAUCUGCCAUUUAAGGCACGUUCGCCUGUUUCUGGGAGUAAUUGACAUCUUUCCAUUAAGUGCUGAAGUAGCAGUGGAGAUGCAUCCUUCUGUGCCGCUGCUAGUGCUGGGGAUGGUUGGAGCGUCGCUCUUCGGUUCAACUGGCACUACAGUGAAGCCUACAGAGCCUACCAUCCCCUGCUCCAAAGGCUGCACCUGUAUCUUUGACGACUACAGCUCAGACCUCAGUGUCUACUGCAGCUCACGAAACCUCACCCUGGUUCCCCCCGACGUUCCCAAAGUCACGCACUCUCUGUGGCUGGAUGGAAAUCUAUUCACGUCGCUGCCCGCCGGUCCAUUCAAAGAACUCACAUACUUGGACUUCUUGAACUUGCAGAAUGGACAGCUCUACACACUGGAUGCACAGGUGUUCAGGGGACUGCGUUCUCUGGCCCACUUGCACCUGGAGCGCAACACCAUUAGGACACUGCCAGGGGCAAUUUUCCAGAACACCCCUAACCUCGCCUCGCUCAGCCUCCACAAUAACCAGCUGUCAAGACUGGAGGAAAGGCUGUUUUCUGGACUGUCGAGUAUGUGGCUGCUAAACCUGGGCUGGAAUUCCCUCUCGGUCCUGCCGGAGAACAUCUUUCAGGACCUGCAGAGCCUGCGCGAGCUGGUCCUUGCAGGGAACCGGCUGGUCUACCUGCAGCCACAGCUGUUUUACCACCUGACCGAGCUGAAGGAGUUGGACAUCACCGGUAACUCCCUGAAGGUCAUCAAGGCCAACGUGUUUCUCAAACUCGGCAAGCUGCAGAAGCUCUACCUGGCGCAGAACCACAUCACCACCAUCGCACCUCGGGCGUUUUUCGGGAUGAAAUCGCUGCGGUGGCUCGACCUGACCAACAACCGCCUGGGCGUGAUCCACGAGGAGACCUUUCUAGGCCUCCACAGUCUGCACGUGCUUCGCCUCGCCAACAACUCCGUCAGCAGCCUCAGGCACGGGACGUUCCGCGACCUGCAGUACCUGGAGGAGCUUCGGCUGAGUCACAACCGCAUCGCCGUCUUGGGCGAAAGGAUCUUCGAAGGCCUCGGCCACCUAGAGAUGUUGGAGUUGGAGCACAACAACGUCCAGACAGCUCGCAUAGGCACCUUCAUAGGCCUCUCCCACGUGGCUGUGAUCAAUUUGUCCGGGAGCUGCUUUCGGAGUCUGCCAGAUCAAGUCUUCAAGGGCUUGUCGAAACUGCACAGUCUGCAUCUUGACAAAGGAUGCCUGAUGAGAGUGACUUCCCAAGCUUUCACAGGCCUCGUGGGUCUAAGGCGGCUCUUCCUUCAGCACAACAACAUCUCAGCUGUGGACCACCAGAGCUUUCUGGACCUGCAGGGCCUGCAACAGCUCGACCUGAGAUUCAACAAGAUCACACACCUCUCCCCACAGACGUUCAACGGACUGAAGAACCUCGACUACCUGCUGCUGUCCAAUAACCAGCUCCGCCAGAUCAAUCCCGAGGUCCUGCUGCCACUUCCACGACUCUCCUGGCUGGACCUCUCCGCUAACCGACUGGACCUGAUCAUGAACGGAACCAUGCACAUGCUGUCCAAGUUACGCUACCUGAACCUGAAGGAUAACGCGUUGACCAAUCUCCCGCCGUCAAUUCCGGACAGCCUGGACCAACUCUGGCUCUCAGGGAACCAGUGGAAGUGCGACUGCCUCGCUCUGCCAUUGAGGGAGUACUGCGCCAAGCGACCGCAAGCGUGCCCACAGCAAGUGGAGACUCUGGCUGAAGGAGACGAACCCCAUGCUGUAGUCACCAUUUACAAUAACAUCACCUGCAGCAGUCCCGAGGGCCUGGUUGGCAAGGAUCUCAGGGAUUUAGAUAACGAGCAUUUCAAAAACUGCUAAUUUCAGUCAAAAUGUCAGAUAGGUGAAACUUAAGAUGAGCUGUGAUCUUUCAACAAAAUCUUAAAAUAUCUUCUCUGGUGACCAGAAUAAUUUUAGCCAUCAUCAUGGGUAAUAAAGAGAACCAAAGUUUUCAUAAUUUUCCAUUUUCACUUUAUUUCCCAUUCUCACAUUUGGAUUGUUUUUAAUGAUUGGUGCUAAAAAUAGUAUAGUAAGCUUGUGUUGUUGUUAUUGUUGUUUUUUUCUUGGUUUGCUUUUGUUUGUUUUUCAUUUUUUUGUGUUAAUCAUUCCAGGGACUCUGGAAAACCUGGAAACAUGAAAGCAGGUUUGGCAGUACCCCCAGUGAGAUGAAAAGGAAUCAAAGUCUUACUGUCAUAUAGCUGCUUCGCAUUCUUUUUUCAAUGUUGUUCAUGUUUGCAUUUUGUGUCCCUGUGCCCUGGACAGCAAAGAAGUUGAGGAAAUCUACAUGUAAGUGUGUUUUCACAGAAUUGUCAGCCCUUACAACCCAGACAAUAAAUUAUGCCUGGAUAAAAUGUAUUGUGGCACCUAGUGAAGAGCUUAUACUGAGUGACGUAAUGGUAAGAUUUGGAAAGAAGUUUUUUUUAUUCAUAUUUUCUAGGAACACUUGCAUUCACCAUAUUUCACAUAUUACAUGACUGUAACACUUGGCAGACACUUUCAUAUAAAGCCCUCUACCCAUGAAAGAUAAUAGGUGCGGACAAAGGGAUCAAUUGUCCUGGGCCCAGGGAGAAAGCUGCCACAGGAAUGGCUCCUCAGUAGAUUGUCUAUGUAUUGUGUUGGGGGCCUCUUCAGAUGACAUUGUCCUGGGCCCUAGCCAAAAGCUGUCAGCGGCCCUGGAUGUACCAACACAAACCACAAACCACAAACCACAAGCCAAACAAACCAUAAAAAGCUACAGGUAUGCAGAAGGGUAAAUAGAGAGUGCAGUAGAUACAGAGUAAACACAGGCAUACGUUACAGCUGAGGUACAGGACAUUGUUGCUGAGUGGGGGUUGGUUUGUUAUGAAGGGAGGCACUAUCUGGAAGUCUUCACAAGCUUCUUAAAGGUCAAAAGGGCAGGCAUGACCCCACUCCACUCUCAUAGCAACUGCCUGCAUGGUGGCUUGUUGCCUUAGCCUGGAAGGACAAUAACAAUCAGCCGUUUGGACUGAGGCUGUGCUUACUGUUGCCACCUGUCCCGGUUUUUCCUGAUUGUCUCGUAUUUUAAUUUUCCAUCCCGGAAAAAAAUAUACCUUCCUGGACACUGAAUGAAGGAUACCAUUGCAUACAAGCAAAAUUUGACUGAGUUUGAAAUGUCCAGGGUUUUUUUGUCAGACAGAGGUCGCAACCCUAGCUGUGCUAUGAGAGGAGACAGAAAAGACGACAAAGGGGUCAGUUUUUGCCGGGUCAAGGCAGAGGGCCCAGGAUUGGGUCCUCAUUAUGUUAUGUUGGGUGGGGAGGCCUUUCAGAUUACUUUGUUCCAGGCCCAGCCUGGGCCCAGUUUGUUUUUGACCACCCUUGAAGAACACAAACUUUUAUUACCAUCACACAAGCAAGUAGGACCCGUGUCCUUAAUUCUGGUAGCCACCAGGAGAUAAUGCAGGUUAAUGGAAAGAGGAUUGACAAGUGGCUGUCACCUGUGUUCUGUACCAUUUGUAACGGUUUUAUUGCACAACCAGGUAGGCCAGCGUGGAGCGAACAACAGAAGGCCUGGCCUGUACUAGAAGUUGAGUAACUCUAAUAAAAUUGUUCUGUAUAUCGCUUUUAUAAAGCAAAAUAGCUAAUUCCAAACAUAACUGCAGAAAACUGCAAAAAAAAAAACAGUUCUUAAUUUGCCAGAAGCAGAAAAAAAAUCUUCCCAAUCAACUUUUUAUCUUGACUGUGUAGGUUACAAACAUUUUAGGCUAUUUGCAGUGAAAUCAUGGUCAAAUUCAGACUGCGCUUGUUAGCGCUACUGCUUUUAUUCUAUGCAGGGCCAUAUUGCAUCAUGUUUCAUCAUAUAAUCAUAUUUCAUGUAACCUUCAGUCUGGCUAGAAUGACAUACUGUGUCAGUGUUUGUUUUCAUGAAAACAAUACUGCAAAUACUGUGCUUUCUUUUAUUGUAUGGCCUUGAAAUGUGGGGGCAUAUUGUUACCAUUGCAAUGCGUUGCUUUUCAAAAUCAAAAUAAAAGUUCAGCCAAGCAAUAUUGGACCAGAA